ACGCCUACAAAACUAACCGUGUGUCUUUGUCUGUUGAGGAAAUGACGGAAAGUUAGCCUUUUGCCAUUUCUUUUGACAAACCUUGAGUUUGAACGCCAGUGAGGAAAAUUUAAACGUUACCUGCCGCUGCUGCCACUUGGCCCGACAGACAGAAAAAUGAAGGGGUUAAUUCGACUGUGAACCAGCCACACUUCACACACACGUAAGAUGUCAGGGGCCCAUGAGCAGAUCAGGAAGCGCCGCCCCCCCAAAACGUUCUUGAUCUCGACCGACAUAAAGGUGCGCGACCAGCUGGAAGGUACCAUUUCGCUACAGCGGGGGUUCAUCUGCCAGGAGCAAGAUUUGGAUAAAAAAGGGGACAGCCCCUGGGUUAAGGUGUUGGACAAUGACUUCAUGGGAAAAAUAGAAAGGAGAGUCUUAAUUGAUGUCCCAACUGACCUCACUGGCUUGCUGGAGGCUGUUAGAGAUCCAGAGGCUCGACUAAAACUUCUAAACCAGCCUGGGAAGCUGCAGCAGUUGGCUUCUCUGCCGUCUGACUCCCCGCUGUGGGUCCAAAUAGGUCAGCAGGAUGAGCUGGCAGAGGCAGAGCUGAAGUAUAUCGGGCCCUUAACCAGAGGAAGCAGCGCUGUGUAUUUUGGGGUCCAACUCAAGGGCUCAGCGGUGGGUAGGGGAAAAAGCAACGGCACUUACAAAGGCCAGAGGUUAUUCACCUGCCCCGAAGCUUGCGCCCUCUUCGUCCCGGCCAGUCACAUCAGGCCCCGCCAGUGGUCCAGCAGCUCCGAGGGACACCAGCGACCCCGUGAGCGAGAACACCGCAGCAGCAACGGUCACCAUAGCAGCAAUGGCCGCCCAAACCAUUUUCAGCUGCCGCCCCAGCAGCAGCAGCAUCAGCACAGUCGUCACAUUAGUUUCCACCAGCAUCCACCCAACAGCUCUUCUCAGGUGUCCCCCUUUAGCAUCCUUCCACGAACUGCAGACUCAGCACCCAUCACAGCUCAAAACCAUGUCCGAGGCCCUGCGUCACCCCCGCUGUUUCGCCCUGGUCAGCGUGUGUGUUUCCCCCUGGAUGACAAAGUCUGUGCAGGGGAAGUGGUGUUCUGUGGGCCCCUGCCAGGCCGGGCCUCAUCAGGAAUGUACGUGGGAGCCAUUCUGGACACUCCUGAUGGUAGCUGGGACGGGACUUACAAGGGAGAGAAGCUCUGCCACAUUCCUUCAGUCCUUUAUGGAGCGCUGGUGUCAGUCAACAAGGUUUCCUUAGAACCAAAGUCCCAUCGAACCAACCCCACUCAGAAAUCUUCCAGAACCGUCCUGAAGGUGGCACUCCCCCCAGUUACUAAAUCAGUCCCUGUAUCGCCGCCUGCCUCUGCACCAAAGAUAGCCCUGAUGCCCCCAAUCAAACCAGCACUUAAAUCUCCCCCUCUGCCUCUGCCAAAACCCGCCCAGAAACCCGGGCUUCCUCCCCCUCCUCCUCUACCCCCUCCCAAACCGCAAGGCCUGACAGCCGGCCAGCAGCAGCACACCAAUGGUACUCACGGACCCGCCUCACCGCUGAGGGCUCCGGGUAACGGUGACGACGCAGCAGAGAAUGGAGAGGCAGGAUCGGGCAGCAAUCUGGAGGUCGGGUCGAUGGUUGAAGUGAAUGAUCCGCCGCUGUUUGGAGUUAUCCGCUGGAUUGGAUGGAUAAACGGGAUUUCAGAGCCAGUGGCAGGAAUCGAACUGGAACAGGAGCUGUCUGCUGGAACGGAUGGCAGUUACCUCGGGGAGCGUCACUUUCGUUGCCCGGCCAACAAGGGACUUUUCGUAAAGCUUCGCAACUGUAGACGGGACUCCAGAUUCCCCGCCCCCGAGAUGCCUGUCAAUCAAGUGGAGCGAUGCAACUCUAUAGCCUUUGCAGAGUGGGGCAGUGAGCGCGUGGAGGAGCACACUCCUCCUGUGGAGGGGGAUGAGGCCCGGGAGCUCUACCAGGGCUGGAAGAAAGGCAUCCAGGGUCACCUCAACUCCUGCUACCUGGAUGCCACGCUGUUCAGUCUGUUUUCCUGCUGCAGUUCAGCUGACUGUGUGUUAUUCUGGCCCACCGACCCUAAAACCGACCAGAGCUCCAGUCAGGCUCAGGACCUUCUACGCUGCGACAUUGUCAACCCACUGCGGAGGUACGGCUAUGUGUGUGCCAGUAAGACAAUGGCGUUGAGGCGACUGCUGGAAGCUGCGAACAGUGAUAUGGGCUUCACCAACCAGGAGAAAGAUCCUGAAGAAUUUCUCAACAAGCUUUUCCAGCUUCUCCGAGUCGAGCCGCUUCUCAAGAUCAGAUCGAUGUCUCAGCAGCCACAGGAGUGUCACCUCUAUCAGCUCUUCCCUCCUGCCCUUACCCCCUCUCCUUCCUCGCCCGAGGCUCUCUCCCCAGUCAACUCCCCAAUCCCCCUCUCCUCAGCGUCAUCCAUGAGGGUCGCCAGCGUCCAGACCCUGCUGGAGUCCUCCUUUCUCCACUCCGGCCUCAAGUUUGUUGAGGCUCCCUCUUGCCUCUUGCUGCUCAUGCCGAGGUUCGGGAAAGACUUCAAAAUGUUUGACGCCAUCUUGCCGACCCUCAGCCUGGACAUCACAGACCUGCUGGAUGACACUCUGAGGCAGUGUACUAUCUGUCAGGCUGUAGCCGAGUGGGAGUGUCUGCAGUGUUACGAUGAUGUAGACAUCACUCCUGGACAUCUGAAACAGUACUGCAAGACCUGCAACGUUCAGGUCCACAGUCACAGGAAACGAGCGUCCCACAGCCCGGUGAAGAUUGCCGUCCCCGGGGAACAGUGGACAGGCCCCCUGCACUGCACGCGACAGCGAAUGUCUCUCUUCGCUGUGACGUGCAUCGAGACGAGCCAUUACGUGAGCUUCGUCAAGAACGGGCCCCUCGACACCGACUGGCUGUUUUUCGACAGCAUGGCGGAUCGGGAAGGUGGAGAGAACGGCUUCAACAUCCCCCAAGUGAAGGCUUGUCCCGAGGUGGGCCGCUACCUGAGCUUGUCAGAGGAGGAGCUGAGCAGAGUGGACCCCAGCUCCUUGAGGGAGGCUGCGCGUCGCCUGCUCUGCGACUCGUACAUGUGCCUGUACCACAGCCCCGAGCUCAGCCUGUACAAGUGACACGGACACUCAGCACAGACGUGCAGACUGAAGUGGACGUGUUGUCCUCAGGUUCUUCCCUUCGCACAGCUGUCGGAAUAAAACGUUGCACUUCAGAA